UUCAUCUUUUCAACCCCCCCCUCCUUGAAGCUGAGAUAGUUGUUGUCACAAGUGACUCAAAAAGAACCAGUCAACCUCACUCACCACUCCGAUAUCAUUUCCCACCAUCAUCACGGCAUUCCGCAAUUCCUUCAAAAUGUCUCAAAAAAUCCUCACCAUCUUCGGAGCCACAGGCAACCAAGGCGGCAGCACGCUGUCCGCCGUGCUGAACAACCCCUCCCUCUCCGCCAAAUAUAAAAUCCGAGCCAUUACACGAGAUCCAUCCAAACCAAGUGCGCAAGCACUCGCAUCUCGCGGCGCGGAGCUCGCACAAGCAGACCUCAACGACAUCGACAGCGUCAAGAGUGCCAUCGCCGGCUCACACGGCGUGUUUGCCGUGACCAACUACUGGGAGACCACCGACCCCAAAGCCGAGUUUCGACAAGGCCAGAACAUUGUCGACGCAUGCAAGCAACAAGGAGUCAAACACCUUGUAUGGAGCAGUUUACCUCCAGCGGCCAAAAUCUCAAAUGGGCAAUUAACCAAGAUCGAGCAUUUCGACUCGAAAGCCAGCGUGGAGGAAUAUGCCAAUAAAGUCAAGGGUGACGACUUGAUUGUAUCGUACGUGAUGCCAGCAUAUUUCAUGAGUAAUUUGACCGGACAAUUCAAACCCGACCAGGACGGUGUUCCUACACUGUCGCAGCCGUGGAAUCCUCAAACUACGUUCUUGCCUAUGAUCGAUAUCCGCAACGAUAUUGGUCUGUAUACAGCUGGUUUGUUCGAAGCUGGUGAGCGUGCCAACGGUGCUUCAGUCCAGGCUGUCAGCGAAUGGGUCCAUCCUCAACAAUUGGCCGAUACUCUCAGUGAGGUCAAGGGUCGACCGAUCAAAUUUGUUGAGACCGCUGCGAGUGCGGAAUCUGCUGCUCAAUCGGGUGACCGUAUCUAUGAGGAAAUCACACAGAAUAUGCUCUUGAUCAGGGAUUAUAGUUAUUAUGGGAAAGGUGCAGAGAAGAAACAGGCGGAGAGUGAUGCUUUCUUGCUCCCUGGUGCGAAGAAGACGACGUUUAAGGAAUUUGCGGAAAAGGCGCCUUGGAAAUUGUGAGUGAAAAUUGGCGGUGGUAAGGGGUGUGGUGAUUGGGGUUGAAGGGUAUAAUAUGUGUGUAUAUGACGGAGACGUCAGUCACAUCGCACGAUCACAGCAUAUCUGGUUCUACAAUACACAAAAUCCAAUAUAACAAUAAAGCAUUAAUGCUUGCAACUA